AUGCAAGAGCUCAAUGGCGAAGACAUGGCCGACCAGGUGUCGUACGAAAAUAGAGCCGGGAGCGUUUCUGCGGGUCCGUCGGCUCAUCACGAGUUGACUCAUCUCACUGAUUCUCUUGAAAGCGCCGCCUCGACCUUGAUCUCCCACGUACAGCCUGGGAUGCAGGGCGUGAAGGUCCGCCGUUUUGAAAUCCGCACAGACGUUGACGACAUAUACAGCCUAUUUUGCCUUGCCGAGAAUGGCCAUCCUACUGACGAGAAUGUAGUUCUGCAGUGUCGAGACUGCCAAGUAUUGUCGCACAUGGGUUGCAUGGAGGAGUUGAAGCAAUGCAGACCUGAGUUGCACGAGUCAUGCUGCGUCUGCCGAAGUGAAGAGCCUCAAGACGCCCUGUUACGCGGGUGGCCAUCGCAGAUUCGAAUGAGCACUGAUGCAGCCAGAAGCUAG